CCCUAGCCUUUUCCCAUCGCACAUCAGACUCAUCUCUCAAGCCCGAUCUUAACCCUCACACUAAAACCUCCAAUCUCCAAACAACGCAAAGGCAAAACCCAAAAACCUCCCCAUAUGCUAUGCGGCUCUAAACUCAGGGCUGCACUUUCCUCUCAUCUCCGCCGCCACUCCUCAGCUUUCUCUCUUCCUCUCCGCCGUUUCUCUUCCACGGUCACCGCCACCAUGGCCUCCAAUAAUCACCCCAAAGACGAAUCCUACCUGAACCAAGUCAUCCCCAAGCGCAUCCAGCUCUUCCAAUCCAUCCAAGCCAAACUCCUCACCGAAUGCCUCUCUCUCUCCUCCGAUCCCAUCAAGAUUACGUUGCCGGAUGGGACUGUGAAGGAAGGGAAGAAGUGGGUGACAUCGCCAUUGGACGUUGCGAGAGAGAUUUCGAAGAGUUUGGCUGCCAACGCUUUGAUUUCUGAGGUCAAUGGGGUUCUCUGGGACAUGUCUAGGCCUUUGGAGUCUGAUUGUGAGCUGAAGCUCUUCACUUUUGAAUCCGACGAAGGCCGCGACACUUUCUGGCACUCCAGCGCUCACAUUCUCGGCCAGUUUUGGAUGCAGUCGCUUGAGCAAGAGUAUGGGUGCAAGUUAUGUAUUGGACCCUGUACUACAAGGGGAGAGGAAAGUGGGUAUUUCCCUCCAUUGGUCUCUCAUUUACAGGUUUCAUCUUUACAAGGGGAACACGGACACACAGGAGGCCUUAGGAGUGAUAGGAAAGAUGCUUGGCAUCCAGCUAUGUUAAGGAAGGACUUCUUCUUGGCCAGCUCAUGGGAAACCGGUUUACAAUCACAUUGCGAUGUGAAGUUAGUGGCCAGGUUAGGAGCAUGCAUUAUUGUGGGUCCCUACGAAUAUAAUUAAAACAAAUUACUUGCUUAAUGGAUGAAAUGAUGUCGGGCAUGAGAGCCAUACAAGAAGCCAUGUUACAAAGCAACGUGCGCAGUUUAAGCAAUUUCUCAGGAUAGCGCUACAUCACAGUGAGGACUCUUCGUGGAUAUUUUAAGAUUGUAUGUUGUAUAACUUUUUGGCUGUAUCAGAAAGAAUAUUGUAAACAUGAUGUCUGAUGCUCGCUACAUCUUUUUUGUGUCAAAUGGACUUUAAACUUUUUCCCUCCAUUUUGCUGCUGUAUUGAACUAUAUAUUCCUUAAAGAUUGAUAAUUUUCCCGUAUUCGUUAGAGAUAUUGAUUUGUGACAGGUUUGAGAAAA